AUGGCAAAAAAGUCUGACACAAGCCAGGAUACUACUGGCCGGUAUACUAUCGGGUCAAGAUUGUCAUUUGAUGGCGCUCUUUGCACGGUUCGAUACAUCGGACCUGUUCAUGGCACCAAGGGCGAGUGGCUCGGCGUGGAAUGGGAUGAGCCAGACAGGGGCAAACACUCGGGAGCUCACAAUGGUGUGAAAUAUUUUCAAUGCAGAAAUAAUCACCCAACAGCUGGCUCAUUUGUCCGUCCAAGCAGACCAUCAGACAAAUCCCUAAGCUUCCUAGAAGGAGCUCACGAGAAAUAUGUUUCUCAGCUGCCAGUAUUCCACUCUUCCUUUAAAGGAGAGUGUGUUCUGGAAGAUUAUAUAUCCAGGCCCAUUGAAAUCAGUGGAAAGAUCGUGGAAGAGGUUGGGUUUGAUGAGAUUCGCAAGCAGCUUGCAACAUUGCACGAGCUUCGAAUUCUCAUUCUUGAUGGCCUGCGCAUCAAUGGGGUGCUGGCUGGGCCCGAUGUAUCCGAUAAUAGAGAAAAGGAGCUUGAGAAGAUUAAGUACACUUGUCCAAAGGUUAUGGAGCUUAAUUUGAGCCGCAAUCUUAUACGGAAGUGGUGCGAGAUAGUCGAUAUCUGCGCUCAGCUGCCAGAAUUGAAAAUAUUAAAAUUAAAUGGAAAUUUUUUUGAGGAAGUCAAGAACUGCUCUCCAGAUAUACUUUCUCACACAGUCAAUAGCCUAUUCUUAGACUUUACUUUAAUGGACUGGGAGGAGAUUGCCAUGAUAUCCUCCAAAUUCCCUGCACUAAGCAGCUUAUCGCUGGAGAACAACCAGUUGUCGUCCACAUCUGCUCCGCUAUCAGCCAUGAUACAGGAGCUUUCACUGGACUUUAAUGAUUUCGAAUCUCUGGACUCUUUAAGCCAUCUUACGGCAUUACGAAACCUUCGCCAGCUUUCUCUUCGAAGAAAUAAGAUAAGCAAGAUCUAUGCGUCGACACCCUCGGACUUCGUCUUUUCCCCAACCCUUGAAUUUGUGGAUGUAUCAUGCAACCAAAUUUCAUCCUGGAGCUUCUUGGAUGCUUUACAGAAAAUAUUUCCGGGCAUGGCACAUUUACGAAUUUCAGACAACCCUUUAUAUGCUCUUCCACCAGCUCCGACGAAAGUGACAGGAUUACCUGAGGCUCAGAUGACGGUGGAUGAAGCUUUCAUGCUGACCCUCUCACGGCUGUCUAACCUAAAAAUUCUAAAUUACGGCAAGAUCACCCCCCUGGAUCGCCUCAAUGGAGAACUAUAUUACCUUUCACUGAUUCGAAAGGAGAUCCUUGUGCACCCUCCAAGUAUAGAACAGGCAAUAAUCAGGUCACAUCCACGGUAUAAAGAGCUCUGCAAGAUAUACGAGACACCAGAGAUUCAAAGAACGGAAGAGGACAAACAGUUCAGAGAUAUAGACCCUCGUUCCUUAGCAGCACAGUUGAUAAAAUUCAGGUUCCACCUGGCUGACUGUAGCAAGGGAGAAGGGAAAACCAAUACUCAUGUUUUUGAGAAAGAGAUACCGGGGUCAUUUGAUGUCUACCUCAUCAAAGCUAUCGUAGCUCGGCAUUUCUCCUUACCUGCACUGCAAUUUAAACUAAUAUGGGAAUCCGACGAAUGGGACCCGGUAGAAAAGGGAACUGCGGAGGAAGAUGAGUGGGAUAGUGAGGAUGCGGAUGAUGAAGAUGAAGAUACCCCACCUAUCGAUAGCAAACUAAUACGACAAGGCAACAAGGAGUUUGUUCGGCGGGAGGUGGAGUUAACGGAUUCUACUCGGGAAGUCAGGCACUGGUUUGCAAGCGACGUCAAGGAGGCAAACAUCAGAGUAGAGCCUUUUUGA